CCCGCUCCCCCUCUAUUUUUGUAGUCCUCGAUUCGCAUUUCAUCUCAACCGUUCUGCUUUUCGCCCCCUUUCACUUUGUGAUCUGUCUUCCUCUCUCUUAACUUCUCCGAAUCCGUCGCCCCCCACUUUCACUCCACCACUUACAGCCCUUCGGAUCGACCUGCUUGAUUCUGCGUUUUCGUCUUUGUGUUGUCGAAUUACGGUUAGUUAUUGAGUUUGCUUGGUGUUCGUUUUUUGUCUUUUCUUUCGCUCAUGAUGUUGUCGUGAAAAUUGGGUAUUUAGUUCGAGAUGGAAUUUCGGGCUUGUGGUCGUUACGACGUUGUUGAGCUGAUGACUGGUUAAUUUAGGGGUGAUUUGGGCAUGUGGGUUGUUCUUGUUUGGAUCCAUGGAUGUGUCGGCGUGCUGUUUCUUGAUUUCUGGGGGCGUAAUGAAGCUGAUUAGGAGGCGUUUGGCUAGCUCGCUUUUGGUGAAUAGGCGGUGCCCAUAAUUUAACCACAGGAGUUUGACUUUGUGUGGUUUUUGUUUAUUGGUCGUGAAUUGGAUUUGGGAGUUUUUCCUUUUCUGGUCCUUAAACCCUGGUUAUGGUUAUUUGGGUUCUCUCUAAUGGAGGCUAAAUUUGGAGGGAAGUCUCAUCAUUUGUAUGGUCCAGUGAUGCCGGAUUUGAAGGCAGUUGGGAAGAGGAGUUUGGAAUGGGACAUAAAUGAGUGGGAAUGGAAUGGGGAUCUGUUUUCUGCCACUCCGUUGAAUUCUGUACCGUCUGAUAGCCACAGUCGGCAGUUACUCCCCGUUGGGUCUGAAAUUCCAGAAAGUACAGGUUUUUGGAGCGGUUCAACAACAGGUCCAGUUGAAAUCAGUUUGGGAAAUGAGAAGGAAAAGAGGGAAUUGGAGAUACAGAGGAGGGUGGGCAAUCUUCCGGAUGAGCAGUUGUUGAGCAAUGAAGCUGGCUCCCUCAAUUUAAAGCUUGGUGCGCAAGAGUACCCAGUCACAGAAGCUGAGAUGGAAAAAUGGGAGGGGAGGAGUGGAAAGAAAAGCAAAGUUAUUGCAGCUACCUCAAAUCUUGCUGUGUGCCAGGUGGAUGAUUGUGGAGCUGAUUUGAUGAAUGCCAAAGAGUAUCAUCGACGACACAAGGUAUGUGAUAUGCAUUCGAAGUCCAGUAGAGCUUUGGUGGGAAACACGAUACAACGUUUCUGUCAGCAGUGUAGCAGGUUUCAUGUUCUUCAAGAGUUUGAUGAAGGGAAGAGAAGUUGUCGUAGGCGUUUGGCAGGUCACAAUAGGCGAAGGAGAAAGACACACCCAGAGAAUGUGAAUAAUGGAGGCUCCUUGAAUAAUGAAAGUAGUAGUAGUUAUUUACUCGUUAGUCUACUGAGGAUACUCUCCAACAUGCACACUAAUAGUUCAGAUCAAAUGAAGGAUCAGGAUCUUUUGUCUCAUUUAUUGAGAAACCUUGCUAGUCUUGCUGGUUCAAAUCAAGGAAGGAGCUUGUCUGGGCUACUGGCAGGUUCUCAAAGUUUACAGAAUGCUGGGACAUCUCUAGGAACUCCAGAAAAGGUUUCAAAUCUCAAUUCAAACUGUCCACAAGGCACCUCAGUUUUCAGUUCAACAUCUAAUAAAGAAGCUUGCAUUAAUACUCAGCAUCCGCCUAAUGGACAGUGUGAAGCUGUGUCUACAUUUGAUGGGAUUGAGAAGGGAACCUCUGGAGAUGGUGCUCAGAGUGGAACUUUACCAACAUCUUCUGCUAUUCCAGUUGCUCUUAGAGACAGCAUUCCACCCAAAGCAAGGCCAGAGACUGCAGCAGGGAGGAUGAAAAUGAAUGAAAUUGACUUGAAUAAUGUCUAUGAUGACUCUCAAGACUUUGCAGAAAAUCUGGUGAAUUAUCAUGCACUACAUCAAGACUCUCAGAAGUCAGGUCCACCUCAGACUAGUGGGAAUUCAGGUUCCAUGUCCUCCCAGUCACAGUCACCAUCUAGUUCCAGUGGGGAAGCUCAGAGUCGCACAGAUCGAAUUGUUUUCAAACUCUUUGGAAAAGAUCCAAGUGACUUCCCUCAUGUGUUGCGGAAACAGAUCCUUGACUGGUUAUCUAAUAGUCCUAGUGACAUAGAAAGCUAUAUACGGCCUGGCUGUGUCAUUUUAACUAUCUAUUUUCAAUUAGGGAAAUCUGCAUGGGAUGAGCUUUGUUGUGAUCUGGGCUCCAGUUUGACCAGGCUCCUUGAUGCAUCCAAUGAUCAUUUCUGGAGAACAGGAUGGGUGUAUACUAGGCUACAACAGUGUGUAGCAUUUAUAUAUAAUGGUCAGGUUGUUUUGGAUACUCUAUUGCCUCUUAAAAGUCAUAAUGAUUGCAGGAUUCUCAGCAUUACACCUAUUGCAGUUUCUGGUUCUGAGAGAGUUCAAUUUUCAGUCAAAGGCUUAAACCUGUCCCGGUCAACCUCAAGGUUACUGUGUGCCCUACAAGGGAAGUAUCUGGGCCAGGAAAGUUGCUUUGACUUGGAGGGAAGUGAUACAUUUGUUGAUCACGAUCAGAUCCAGUGCCUUAGCUUUUCUUGCUCUAUACCAAAUCUUGAUGGGAGAGGAUUUAUUGAGGUUGAGGACCAGAGUCUAAGCAGCAGUUUCUUUCCAUUUUUAGUCACGGACCAGGAUGUUUGUUCUGAGAUCUGUAUGCUGGAGAAUGCAAUAGAGGUGUCUGAUAUUGAUGACGACAUUCAUGCAGUGGAAUCUGAAAAAAUAAAAGCCAGGGAUACUGCAUUGGACUUUAUUCAUGAAAUGGGUUGGCUUCUUCACAGAAGUCAAUUGAAGUUUAGAUUGGGUUCCGUUGAUCCCAAUGUGAAUCUAUUCCCUUUUGAACGGUUCAGGUGGCUCAUGGAGUUUUCCAUUGAGCGUGAUUGGUGUGCUGUAGUUCAAAAACUUCUGUGCAUUCUGUUCAAUGGUUCCGUAGACCCAGGGGAGCACCCUACUGUUGAAGCUGCAUUACUGGACAUAGCCCUCCUCCACAGAGCUGCAUGGAGAAACUGCCGGUCUAUGGUGGAAAUACUUCUGAGAUACAUCCCGGAUGGAUUUCCUGACAAAGUGGGAUCAGAACAGAGGCGACACUUUAAAGGGGGCUCUAACUUCUUAUUUAGACCAGAUGCCAUUGGCCCUGGUGGUUUGACUCCUCUUCACAUAGCAGCUAGUAGAGAUGGAUCCGAGAGUGUGCUGGAUGCUUUAACUGAUGACCCUGGAUUGGUGGGAGUUGAAGCAUGGAAGGGUGCUCAGGACAGUGCAGGAUUGACGCCCAAUGACUAUGCGUGCCUGCGAGGCUACUAUUCCUACAUCCAGCUGGUCCAGAAGAAAAUCAGAAAAAGAGCAGGCAAUGAACAUUUAGUGCUCGACAUCCCUGGUGCACGUUCCCAAUGCCACACGAAGCAGAAAAUGGUUGAUGAGCAGAAGUUGGCCAAAGUUAAUAGCUUUGUGACUGAGAAGACUGAAGUAAACCCGACUCCGCGACACUGCAAGCUGUGUGAACAGAAGAUGGCAUAUGGGAACUCCAGAGCAUCGUUCGCCAUCUACAGGCCAGCGAUGCUUUCAAUGGUUGCCAUUGCUGCUGUCUGCGUUUGCGCUGCACUGCUCUUCAAAAGCUCGCCUGAAGUUCUGUAUGUUUUCCGGCCCUUCAGGUGGGAACUUUUGAAGUAUGGAUCUAGCUAAAUUAGGAGGAACCAGGUAGUUGCUUUCUUUUGGUACCUUGACUGCUAAUUUUUAUUCAUAUUGACGAUAUGAGAUAAGAUAUAAUGUAAUGGUAAGCUGUGCACUGCUGUACUGAUGUAAUUUCAAUUGGAAAUGCACUACGUAUAUGUGUUUGUUGGAGUCAAACUUUGAUUACAAGAGAAGUUAAAAUUA